CAGCUCAAUUAUAAUGUUGUCAUCCCAAAGUGAUAGGAUGGUGAGGGAAUAGCAAGGUGGUAAACUUAGUUCUCUAAACGGGAACUAGCCGUAGCAUUUAUCAGUUUGUGUCCGGUGAGUGAGUAUAUACUCUCCCAGCCCGGUUCCUGGUACCACCCACUUGGCCCACACGUGUGAAGUCGCACUCCAACACGUGCUACAUUUUCUUGCUAUUUUUAUUCUAAUCGAGGAAAAGAAAUUUCUAUCACGAGAAAGGAAGAACGCCCGGACUUCUUUGACAGUGAAAGAGAAGACGAUGGCCAUUUCACCGAACUUUCUAUUAUAUUACUACAUGAUGGUUAUCUUAGCCCGAACAACAUAAACUCUCAAGAUAAAGGUCGGAUUGCAUCUUUGAUGCGAAAAAAAGAAUCAUCUUGCAACUUGCUCUUUGCAGAGAUCUAUAUAGAUAGAUGAAAGAGAGUUCGAAGUGUGUUGCGAAAAAUGAUCUAUGGUUGAUAUCGUAAAAAAAUAAUUAUUAUUUUUUUUAUAAAAAGAUACAAUCUGAAUUAGAUUUUGUGCUGCAUUCAAGCUAUUUAUUAUGCUGCCGUUUUAUAUUUAGCCAUUGAUUGCUUAUAAUUUAGCAACCAAUCUUUUAUGCAAAGUUCUGUUUUAUUUUGACACAUUGAUGCCUCCUUAUAUACAACGCUGCAAAUGGAUUAUAGAUCAAAAAUAAGUUGUCAUAGAAAUCAAGGGAUGGAAUUAAAAUUAUUACAGGGCAAAUCCUCAUGUCAAACCAAGAGGUGGCUCUCGAUUUUUUUUAUUUAAGCUCUGUUCUGUUAUCUGGAUCUCUUACCUCUGCGGGCCCACUGAAAUAAAAAGAAGCUUCGAACGUUGGACGCAGGGCGUCCCACCCAGUUCCGUUCUCUGUCUAUAAAUGAAGUACGCGGAGGGAACGGUGGCACGGCUUCAGCUGACAUCCAAUCUCCUAAUCAAUGGCUUUCGUUGCUCCCUUCUCCUUCCCUCAGUGCUCUCCCUCCCCACCUCUUCUCUUCUGCUCUCCUUCUCUCCUCCCGCCUUCCCUCUCCAAACUCUACCAUUCCGUCCUCUCCCUUCGCCGAAGCCUUCCCACUCCCUCUGCCACCACACGAGACUCCAACUUCCACCCCGCUUCUCCCGAGAAACACACCAAGUUCCAGCCUUCCCGGCCUCACGGCCUCGCCCUGACCUCCGACGACCGGACCCAUGAAGAGACUCCAACCACAUUGCUCCAUAAAAGAGCAGAAGCCGAGAAUUCAAGCCCAGCCCUUUGCUCUGAGAGGUCCUCUGCUUAUAAAACAGAACACAAGCACCGAAUGACCCUCGCCGAACUCUUGGACAGGAGCGGAGUCCUGCCCGUGUCCGUUUACGGCAAUUUGGAUGUAUCCGUCGCCGGAAUUCAGCAUGAUUCGAGGGAGAUCACUGUCGGAGACCUCUUUGUCUGCUGUGCCGGGUCGAAGACCGACGGCCACCUGUAUCUUUCCGAGGCUCGCGACCGAGGAGCUGCGGCGGUGUUGGCGGACAAAGAAAUCGGUAAAGACGAGAUCUUGGGUUAUUGCGAGGCUCUUGUCGUAGUGGAGGACACCAAUUCGUUGCUUCCUGUUCUUGCUGCAUCCUUCUACGGGCAUCCUUCGAGGAGCCUCUCUGUAGUUGGGAUCACAGGAACGAAUGGCAAGACGACGACGGCCAGUUUGGUCAAGUCCGUCCUCGAGGCAGCUGGGUCGAGGACUGGGAUGUUGGGCACCCUGGGGUACUACAUCCAUGGCGACAACAAAUUGGAAGCUCCCAACACAACCCCUGGUGCUGCAACAGUACAGAGACUGAUGGCUGAGAUGGUGGGCAAUGGGACUGACGCGCUCGUUAUGGAGGCUUCCUCUCAUGGGCUGGAGAUGGGAAGGUGUGAUGAAAUAGACUUCGACGUCGCAGUCUUUACGAACUUGACAAGAGACCACCUUGACUUCCAUGGGACUGAGGAGGAGUACAGGAAGAGCAAGGGGAAGCUGUUUGCGAGGAUGGUCGAUCCCAGGAGGCAUCGGAAAGUUGCGAACAUCGAUGAUCCAAGUGCUUCUUACUUCAUAGCGCAAGGGAAUGCAGAUGUCCCUGUUGUCACCUUUGCCAUGGAGGACGAGAAUGCCGAUGUGAAGCCUUUGGAGUUGGAGCUUUCGCUGUUCGCGACACGGGCCAUGAUCGGCACGCCGCAGGGGAUGCUGGAGAUUGGUUCUGGGAUGGUGGGGAGGUACAAUGUCUACAACAUUCUUGCAGCUGUUUCCGUCGGGAUUGCGGUGGGAGCGCCAUUGGAGGACAUAGCGAAGGGCAUUGAGGGGGUGAAGGGCGUUCCAGGGAGGUGCGAGCUAAUUGACGAGGGGCAAUCAUUUGCGGUGGUAGUGGACUAUGCUCACACCCCGGAUGCUUUGUCCAGACUUCUGGAUGCCAUGAGAGAGCUUGGUCCACGGAGAAUUAUCACUGUCUUCGGAUGCGGUGGAGAAAGAGAUAUGGGAAAGAGACCUUUGAUGACAAAAAUUGCAUGCGACAAAAGCGAUGUGGUUAUCUUGACAUCCGAUAAUCCAAGGAACGAAGAUCCAUUGGAUAUCUUGGAUGACAUGUUGAUGGGAGUUGGAUGGACCAUGCAAGAUUAUUUACAACAUGGUGGAAAUAAUGGCCACCCAAUGCUUCCAAAUGGUCACAAGCUUUUCGUUCAUGACAUCAGAAGAGUAGCUCUGCAAGCAGCAGCUGCCAUGGGAGAGGAAGGAGAUAUCAUUGUUGUUGCAGGUAAAGGCCAUGAAACAUAUCAAAUUGAAGGUGAUAAGAAGAAAUUUUUUGAUGAUAGGGAAGAGUGCAGAGAAGCAUUGCAUUAUGUACAUGAGCUGCAUCAAGCAGGGAUAGACAUCAGCGAACUCCCAUGGGUGUUACUGAGGCAUGCAGCAUUGAUAUUUUCUUCAAAAGAGAUCGAAGCUCAGUAUAAACUAACAGAUCCAGAGUGACACUUGGAAGCCAUGUAUCUCACUGUUUGUGCUGCAAUAAAGAACAAAUACCACCAUCCAUCAAGAUAGAAACAAUAACAAAAAGUUAUGUUAAGAAGCAACAAAAGAGUUGGUAUUUUGUAUAAAGUUCAUACUGUGCUCCCAUGCUGGAGUACUACCAGGUUUGCACUCACCUCGAAUCCUAAUUUUCUCAGCAAGUGAACUUAUAGAUGAAUACUAAAUUUUUUUGGUCAAAUGUUUAGACAAACAUUAACCCAAUUCUUAGAUUGGGAUCCAUCAGUCAUUUAUUUUAAGGCUUGGUCUGCCACCAUUCUAGCUCGGACCAAAUUCAUGACUGCGAAUCCUAGCAGUAACUUAAUCCCCUACCCCUGACAAUGAUCAGGCUCAGUCUCAUCCUGACUAGCCCCCGGCAAGGCUACCCGAUUGCCUUCAAACAAGUCCCACACAUUGUCCGGUUUCAUUUGCAUGCUUCAAAGGAAUUCCCAGGACCAACAUUUUGGUUUUGUUGCCCUGGAUGCCAUCUCUGAUCCAUUAGCUCAUCUGAAGUUAUUGUAGAUCAUACUGUAAGGCUGAUCUGCAUCUGCUUCUUUCUCUGGUCUGCAUGAAAAAAAGGAGAGGUGACCAAUGAUUGGAGCUUUCAGGAUUCCUUGCAAUGGCUAAGAUUAUUGCCUAUUUUCUCAUUUGAACCUUGACAAAGACUUCAUGUCAAGUUUACUGUGUAUUCAAAAUACUUAUUGAGAACAACUUUAAUCUUGAUACCUUAGGCAUUUCAGCUUCGAAGCUUAUGUGAAAUAAAAACAGGACAUAUUUUGCCAAACUUUAAUUGUUUAAUUGUAGUUUUAGACUUAAAAUAUUUAGCUUUUUUGGCAUAUUUUCAUCUCUCUUUCUUCAAUGCUUGUGAAGUAGUUUGGGCAAGCUAUCUAAAUGCAUGAACUUUUAACCGAAAAGUACUCUCCUUGAGUCUUUUAUCCCUUGCUGUUGGUUUGGCUCAAAUUCUAUGUUCAGUUAUCUGAUUUAUCUCUUGCUGUUGGUUUGAUUCUUUUUCUAUAUUUUCAGUUAGCUUAUGCAGAUCGAGCCUGAUUAGAUCGGCAUGCUGCUCUUCUUGGUCCACUGUGAAUGCCAAUGCUUACUGUGAACAACUAGUCUUUGUUCUGUAAAUGCUAUAUUUGUCUACAUAUCACAAUGAUGACAGAAGGUCGAUUCUGUAACAAUUUUUGUCUCAUAACUAAUCUGUCACUCUGAAUCUUCAUGAAGGAUUUGGUCAGAAAUUGUCGAUA